AUGAACUAUAAUUCGGGAGGGAGUGGUGGGAAGGGGUUUGGCUUCGCCGGUUUUACGAUGCCAAAGCGCAAUCCUUCAAAUGUGUCUUUGCAUGCUGUACCACCGCCGACGACUUCUAUGCAUGCUGUUCCGCCGCCAACAACUGGCCUGUCUAAGCAGGGAUAUUCAACAAUGAAUGCUAUAACUCAGAACGCAGUCGCCGGCAACUGGGGAACCCUCGGAAAAAAACGUUCUAAAACGGAAGAUGAGUAUUUUGAUGAAGAUGAUGAGCCGCCAACACCAGCCUUGGCGUACAUUCCUGCACCUGGCAGUCCAACAUAUGAGGCUGCUUCCAGUUCAAAGGCAGAAGAAGAUGAAGAAGAUCCAUUAGAUGCAUACAUGGCUGGCUUGGAGCAGCAGGCAGCAAAAGAUUUAGUUACCAGUAAAGAAAAUGCCAUAGCAGGGAAGGGUGACAGUGGCAGAGGAACCCGUGGAGAUAUUGAUGAGUUGGAUGAUGAGGAAAGUUAUUAUAGGUAUAUGGAAGAAAAUCCAUUGGCAAAUGCUGGGGAGGAUUCAGAUUUGGAAAUUGAAUAUGACGAAGAUGGUAACCCAAUAGCACCGCCGAAAAAGAAAUUCAUUGACCCACUUCCGCCCAUAGACCAUUCUGAAAUUAAAUAUGAGCCGUUUGAGAAGAAUUUUUAUGUACCCCAUGAGGAAAUUGAAAAUUUGACCCAUCAACAAGUUGAGGAUUUAAAAAAGAGUUUGGGAGUGAAGAUAACUGGGCCCGAUCCACCUCGUCCCGUCAGCAGUUUUGCCCAUCUGGGCUUUGACGAGCAACUGAUGAAAGCCAUCCGCCGCUCAGAGUAUACCCAGCCUACACCUAUACAAGCAGCCGGAGUACCUGCUGCAUUGUCUGGGAGAGAUCUCAUAGGAAUCGCCCGCACGGGUUCAGGGAAGACGGCGGCGUUUUUGUGGCCGCUACUAGUGCACAUUAUGGACCAGAAAGAGUUGGCCCCAGGCGAUGGUCCUAUUGGGCUCAUACUCGCGCCGACGAGGGAACUUGCACAGCAGAUAUACAUGGAGGCAAAAAGAUUUGGUAAAGUUUAUAAUAUAAGGUGCGUGUGUUGCUACGGUGGUGGAUCAAAGUGGGAGCAGUCUAAGGCAUUGGAAGGUGGGGCUGAAAUAGUUGUGGGUACACCGGGCCGUAUGAUAGAUCUGAUCAAGUGCAAAGCAACAAACCUUCAUCGGGUUACAUAUUUAGUGUUGGACGAGGCAGAUAGGAUGUUUGAUAUGGGAUUUGAGCCGCAGGUGCGGUCUAUCUGCGCGCACGUGCGGCCCGAGCGGCAGGCGCUGCUGUUCUCGGCGACGUUCCCGCGCCGCGUGGAGCGGCUGGCGCGCGACGCGCUGCACGACCCGGUGCGCGUGCAGCACGGCGCCGCCGGCGAGGCCUGCGACCUGGUCGCGCAGCACGUCAGGAUAUUUAACAAACCAGAGGAGAAGUGGUCCUGGCUGUUGAAGAACUUAGUGGAAUUUCUGUCGGCGGGCAGUGUCAUAAUAUUCGUUACCAAAAAGCUGGAAGCGGAGCAGACCGCUGCAAACCUGGGGGUCCAGGAGUACGACGCGCUGCUCCUGCACGGUGAUAUGGACCAGGCGGACCGGAACAAAGUCAUCACGGCCUUCAAGCGGCAGGAGAGCAGCAUACUGGUCGCGACCGACGUCGCCGCGCGCGGGCUGGACAUCCCGCACGUGCGCACCGUGGUGAACUACGCGCCGGCGCGCGACAUCGACACGCACACGCACCGCGUGGGGCGCACGGGCCGCGCCGGCGUGCGCGGCGACGCGCACACGCUGCUCGCCAGGGACCGCGACCGCGACUUCGCCGCGCACCUGCUGCGCAGCCUCGAGGCCGUGCAGCAGGAGGUUCCCGAAGAACUGAUGCAAUUGGCGAUGCAAUCGGCUUGGUUCCGCAAAUCGCGUUUCAAGAAAGGCAAAGGGAAGAACUUAAAUGUUGGCGGAUGUGGAUUAGGGUACAAGGAGCGGCCUGGUCUACCGGCUUACAGCGACGAGAUAGUGCCCACCGUGCCCUCCGCCGACAAGGGCCACGGGCCCGCCACGGACCGCCUCGCCUCGCUGAAGCAGGCGUUUCGCUCCCAAUACAACCAGUUCACGGCGUCGACGGACCACUCGUGGGAGCAGACGCGGCCCGCCAUCCAGCCCGGCGUCAACGCACCUACCGCCCAGCUCGACGAGCCCGCCGAGCCAGCCCAGAUGGCCCAGAUGGCCCAGUCUGCCCAGAUGGCCCAGCCCGCCCAGGCCGACCGCGUGCGCCGCGGCGGCAAGAGAAGCCGCUGGGAG